GGUGAGAAAGCAGAGGGAGAGGAGAGAUGUGUGUGAGUGUGCGGUGAUCGGUGCUGCAGGUACAGUCAGACGCAGGCCUCUCUCCUCUUCAUCCCCUCCCAAACAGCAACAAUGUCUGGCGGGGGAGACCUACGCGUCCUCCGCCAAGAGCCCGGGCAGGAGAGCCCGAGGAUGCCGGCCUGGAAGCGAGAGAUCCUGGAGAGGAGGAAGGCGAAGGGCGGCGGGUCUGGAGGAGCCGGAGCCGCGGAGACGAGCCUGAGCGGAGCGGGCUCGUCUCCGCGGCUUAACGGCGAGGAUGUGAACGGCGGCGGAGGACUGGGCGGCGGGGCCGGCCGGAGCUACACCAUCACCACGGCCAGCCAACACUUCGGGAACAACAAAGAGCCCCGGCCGCCGACGGAGGACGACCGACGGGAGAGCCUGGUGCUGCAGGAAAGCCUGGGCCCGCUGGAGGAGAACCCCUUCAUCAAGCUGGAGAAGGAGCGGAGGAGGCGACACGACCGAGAACACGCCGCCCGGCCGGUCCAGCACAUCCUGGAGCUGUACGGCAGCGUCCCCGGCAUCCGGACUAUCCGUGCAGAUAACAUCAUCAUCAUUGAGUCUGACCCGGAUUACUUCCCGGAAGCUGGAGGGCUAAACACCGGGUCCAAAUGGCAGCAGAACGGCGUCAGCAGUUACAGCUCUCUGAACGACCUCCUGGACCGGAGAGGGAGUGCUGUGACUGAGAUAAGAGCCAAGGAAGUGGUCAUUUAUGACACCACGUUAAGCAAGAGUGAGGAGAACCUGAGCACCUUGGGCCGCCCUGAUCCUGAGAACCCAUCAUAUGAGACAGGGGAGGGUCAAGGCAGGGUCAGCCGGAUGCUGCAGAAGUUUGACAGCAACUAUGGGAAGCUGCAGAAGAAGUCCCGCAGCACGGAGAACCUGCUGGACCUGGACUGUAGUGCCAGCAGCAGGCAACGACUCUGGUCCAAGCCACAGCCAGAUCUGGUGCCAAAGGCCUGGCCGGGCCCGUCGGUCAGCAGCCCGGGCAGCAGCCAGCCAUCGUCGCCCGUCUUCCAGAGUCCUUCGUCUUCCAAACCAAAGCCACAGCCUGCUGUCUCUGAGCUUGGCAGCCCCCAGCGCCCUGGCGGGUCCCCCCAGCUCGUGUCUUCCUUCCGUCAGCGGUUUGAGGAGAGCGGAGGCCAUGGAGAAGCUGUCAACGCCGGGGAUGAGCCAGACAGGGUGCAAACCAAGCCCAUCAGAGAGAGAGACUGGGAUGGAUCUGUGGGGCCACCCAGACCCAAGGUGCCAUGCUCUCCAGAGACCCGCCGAGUACGUGCCGAGUCUCCCACCAGCCCCAUCUUAUUCAAGGUGUCCCGCUCCUCAUCCGACUUUGAGAUCCGUCCAUCCCCAAAGCCAGACCUCACCCGGAUUCCUGAUGGGGACACCCAGGCGCGGGCCCUCGCGAACCUGCGCCUGCAGUCCCGUAACACCUUCACAGUGAUCCCCAAACGCCGUCCCACCACCUCAUCUGCAACAGGCAGCCCAGCUCCGUCCAGCCCCGUCAAGUCUUCCCCUUCCCACAGAGCGCCAGGGGUGCCCACGCCAGGAGUGCCAACCACCCACGCCCCUACGCCCACCUUGACACCCUCAAAGAGGAAUGAGGAGAAACUGCUGGAGGAGAAGGAAGUCCAGAGGCCGGUGAGGGUAUCAAAGCCUGAACCAUCUCCUCCUGUUGCCACAAGUCCUGCGCCUCCUCUGACGUCAGAACCUCGGUCCCCAUCUCCUGCUCUAACCCCAGCUCCCUACUCCCCACCUGCCCCGUCUUCACCAUCCUCUUCUCCAGCCGUCCCAUCUUCACCCUCCUCUUCUCCGGUUCCUCCGGAAUCCCCAGCCCCGUCCCCUGUCCCCUCUACCCCUUCCCCGGCUCCAGAACAACCCCCCGUGGAUCAGCUGCCAGUCACAAACAUAGACGACAUUGAAGUGGAGUCCCGGCAGAGUGUCCCUGGUCCCAGCCCCAUGGUGCAGAGGAAAAAGGGGAACACCUUCACUGUGGUCCCUAAACGUAGGGCGGAGCCCGAGGGCCAGUCAAGCUCGCCUGAACCCCAGCAGCAGGAAGCAUCGAGUGAGGCCCCGCCGGGGUCCACGCCCCCACAGGCCCCCUACGCCCAGCUUGGCUCCCUGCUGAAGAAACGCUACCCCGCUGCGGAGGAGAUUGAGGUCAUCGGUGGGUACCUGUCCCUGGAGAAGUCCUGCCUCUCCAAGACGAGCUCUAUGGGCAAGAAGCUCAAGAUCUCUUUCAAUGAGUCGAGUCUCCACAGUACGUACGAGUAUCCGUCAGAGAGCAGUGUGUGGGACAGCGGGGAGGAGGACGAGGACGAGAAACUAGACGAGAAGGUGUCGGACGAACAGCCGAGCAUGGUGGGACGCAUCCACAUCCCUCGACCCAGUUUCACCAGCUCGCCCACCCACACCAACAACAGUAACGACCUUUCCAGCUACAUUCCCAAGCACUCAGUGGACUUCAGCGCCUGGCAGGAGCACAAACAUGAUGACAGUGUUUACCAGGAGGACACCACUUCCCAACAGACACAGAUGAGCGAGGAAGUUAUGCUCACUCCGGCGGACAGCUCAUCCCUGUCCGACUACAGCAGCGAGCCCGCUCUUUACUUCUGAUCAGUCGGACCAAUCAGCUGUACAGUAGCAUCACAGCUGUGGGACCAGCCUGCAGCCAGAGCCCAGCGACGUCUGUCACACCUGGGCCCGAACUGCCUCCAGCUCUACACUCCAGCCGUCUCUAAGCACAUAAUCUUCCUGAUAAGACAGGAAACACAGUGUUUUUAUGUUUGUUUGUUUUUUGGCUGAUUUCCUGCCACGGACCUGCCACACGCCACGUUAUCAACCGCAUAUUAGAGCAGAUAAGCUUUUGGCCAGGUGGCCAAUGUUUCGAUUCCAAUCUGCUUCCUGACCUGAAGCAACACGUCCAAAAAGCAGCUGGACUGUCUUUCCCCUAAGAUCCCCGACAGUUGAUCUGUCGGCCUCCCUCCAUCCUCAUCCUCACUAAACUAAAACAUCUGACAGAUUCUUAGUGAUUGUCAGAAAAAUCCAGAGAGAUGUCCGCCUCUUGAAGAAGUUUGCUGGCCUCAUGUCCCCCUCCCGUGAUUCUCUGCUUCCAAGUCUUCAACGUUUGCUUCAGGGUUUGUUGGGAGAUGUUGACAAGCGAAGGAGCUCAACAAGCGAGUAACCAAACUCCUUCAAAAGAACAGGAAGCCGCCAGUGCCCACGCGUAGGAAACGCCACGGUUCAGUGUUAGCAUGGAAACAUGUUGGUAGGACGUGGAGGACGCUGGCACAGUCAAACACACAGAAACAAAAAAAAAAAUGCCGAAAGGGUGCCACAAAUGUAGUUUUUUUUUUUGUUUUUGUACCUGCAUGUUUUGAUUUCAGCCAUCAGCUUGGUUGGUUCUCUUUUACUGUAAAGCUUCCGUAUGCCUUUUUAGUUUUUGUAUGUUUUUCUGGCAAACUAUGCUGUAAUGAAGCUGCUGGAAGUUCAGUAAAAAAGUCUCAACAGCAAGCAAACUUCAACACACUUUCCCUUCUUUGUGACAAAGGAGGGGAAAAUAUGCAGCCCAGGGAAGAUUUCUGUCGAUCAGCUGCAAUUUCUGAUUACAUGCUUGGAAAAAAAGUGACCUUGGCCAAUAAUGUCUGUAUGUCCGUAUCGCUGGUGACAAAACAAAAACCAUCAUACUGUAGAAUGUUUCUGUAUAUCCUCUAUCAAAAGCUGUUAGACCUCCUGACACCUUUUUUUUUCUGGCUUCUCGUGUAUUUAUUCCUGCUUAAAGUUGAAGUUUGCAUGUCUGAGACCUGCUCAUGUACAAAACAUUUUUUUGUAAAGACAAAGUUGCUGGUGUGGAAGGACGUUUUGUUGUUGUUUUCCAGUCGGACCUCAUGUACUUUGACAUUCCAUGGAGUAAAAAAGAGCCGGUCCAUCGAAGUAAUGAACGCAACAGCGGUUAUGAUCAUUCAUAAUGUGGCACGUUUGUAAGAGCGAAUGCGAGAUCAUGUGUGUUUUUGAGAGAAUAUGUGAUGAUUUCUUUUUUAAUUAAGAUUGUUUUAUAUACAAGAAUGCACCAAGUUUCCAGAUGAUUUUGUUGUUUUUAAACUCAUAAUGCCAAGUGAUUAAAAGUGUUGCUGUAACGGCUUCACAUUCAUUCUCUACACGCCCAGGAUCGACCCUUUGGCCAGUAUUGUUGUACAGUUUCCACCAUUAUUCUCAUAAGUACGAAGAUCUCUUUCUGUCUUUCAUUUCUCCACUCAGAUGAAAUGUGUUGAGUCCUCAAGGUUGGAUUUUGAUGUUAGGAGAUGAGGUGUUUUUUUUUUGUCUUUGUCUGAUGAAUUUAGGAAUUAUCUGUUUUUCGUCUGGAGUUUUAGAUGUUAAAUGUCUUUGCACUGUCUUGCUUUUAGCUUUGCACCUAAUGAGAAGGAACAGAGUAGGCGACAGAGGAUAUGUGCACUUAAAAGAACAAGACGUCUAGUUGAAGAGUUUUGUUUCGAAACAAUAGCCACUAUUGCCGCCUGUUGCAUUGAUCUCGUUUCAAUUCUAAAUGAAUGAAUAGUUUUGUGGGAUAGAACUCUUCAACCGUACAUGUUGAAUGCACUGCCGAUGAAUGCCAUGUCCACUUUUUUUCUUUCAUUCUGUUUGCCACGGCCUUGCAUCAAAAGUCUUCUGAUUGUCGGCCUUGUCGCUGGGACCAUUAACCGUAGCCCAAGGGAAGUUUUUCCACACAGGACCACGGCUUCAUCUUUGUCCUAAAGUUUCCCCGAAAACUCCUUGUUAGUCGUGAUUAUUGGCCAGUUAAGCUGACGUGUCACCUUAUGAUGUACUGUCACUUUCAAGGACCAUACCAGUGUUUUAGCAUUUUUUUGCCUAUUUAGUACAAAUCAAAUAUACUUUACUGCUUACUAUUUUGCAAACCAUGCAACUGUGGUUUAGAAAUUUGAAUGUAUUUUUUUUUUGUUUGUUUUUAGAUUCCAGAUGUCCGUUGGUUUCCACUCAAUUUCAUAAGUUCUGAAAAUUUACCAGAAGACUCUUUCUUGUCUUGUAUAAGUCAUCACAAGUGAACAUUGAUCCCUUUACCGUAGCGUCAUAAAGCAGUAAGGUUUGGAUAUCAUUUCAAAUAACAUUCCUAAACCAAAGUGGUUUAUUUUAUUUAUUUAAAAAAAAAAAAUGUUAUUAAACCUUUCUCAGGUAAAACCUUUACAGAGAAAAUGCUUUGAACGUACUACACUCCACUACAGACUCAUUUAAGUAGGUAACAAAAAGUAUUGAUUUACAAUAUCCAGCUCUGUAAUGUGUAGUACUGACUGUUAAAACUAAUCGGCGCUUAAACUACAUUAACAUAAUGUAAUGGUAUCUGUAAUGUACCUGACAAUAAUCAAUGCAGAUGUGAUUCAAUGUGAUGGAUUACACAACUCAAGAAAGUUGACUAAUACAUUUUCAUACCAUAAGGAAAUUAAUGGAAACCAAUGGCUGCUUUAAACAGCAGGAACGACCCAGUCGGCAAAAAUGUGAAGUACAUGUAAUUUGUAAUUAAGAAGCUCAAAGUCCCCAAACACAUUGGUAUGAGUCUUUAAGUUGAGUUUGGCCCAUAGACAGCCUCACGUCAACCAGCUGUGGAGCCCGUCUAACGGUCAAAACACACCUGUGGCUCCAUCUGUGGUAAAUGCUGCCUUCAAUGACCAAAACAGGAUGUAUACUCUUUGUGGGAAUCUUAAGCUCUCUGUCUUUCUGUGAACUGAAGGACCAAAAAGGCAACAGCGAGAACUUUUCUGGUGGCCAGUAGUGGGACACACGACAUGACCUCUGAAGUGUACACGCUGCCUCUCACCGCAGCGCUUUCUCAUCUGCCCCCACCCGCUGCAAAGUGAGCGGCUGGUGUUGUACACACUGUAGCGAGUCUGUGGUAGAAGCUCCAUCUUGUUCUUUUUACUUUCCCCCCUCGUCUGUAAAUCUACAUCGCAGCAGAUGUGCUUACUGUAAAGUUAUUGUCAAUGACUUGGGCAAAUAAAACUAAAACAAAAAAAAAAGUGAUGUCAUACUUGUACAAAUGAAAGCUCAAUAAA